UGCUGUAGCGUAGAUGUGUGCUGAUGUAGCGAAAGUUGUUUCACAUUGUGAUACAAAACAUUUGAAAUUUAGAAAUUGAGUUUGAAGUUUUUGUGUAUUAUAUACAAUUAUUUCUAAUAGUGCGUGUGACCAUUUUUUUGUGCGCACCGCAGAACAAGACUUCUUAGCCGGUGCUGGUGUAUUGCAAAAUGCGAGAGAACAUGGCACUGGCAUGGCAGCCUCAAGAAGAGGGUUUACGAGAAAUUUUAAAACUUCUUAAAGAAUCACAGUCUCCAGAUACAGCAACUCAAAGAGCUGUGCAACAAAAACUUGAAGAACUGAAUAAAUAUCCUGAUUUCAACAAUUACCUUAUAUUUAUAUUGACAAAACUGACAUCUGAAGAUGAGCCAACUAGGUCGUUAAGUGGCUUAAUAUUGAAAAACAAUGUAAAAGCUCAUUUUCAUCAGUUCCCUCCUGAAGUGACUGAAUUCAUAAAAUCAGAAUGUCUGAACAGUGUUGGAGAUCCUUCACCUCUGAUCCGAGCUACCAUUGGCAUUCUAAUCACAACAAUAGCAUCAAAAGGCGAGCUUACCAACUGGGUUGACUUAUUACCACGUUUAUGCCAUUUACUUGACUCUGAGGACUAUAAUGUUUGUGAGGGUUCAUUUGGAGCCUUGCAAAAAAUAUGUGAAGAUUCUGCAGAGUAUUUGGACUCGGAUGCUUUAAACAGACCUCUAAAUGUCUUAAUACCAAAGUUUUUACAAUUUUUCAGGCACAGUAGUCCUAAAAUUCGCUCACAUGCAAUUGCGUGUGUUAACCAAUUUAUUAUAAAUAGAACUCAAGUAUUAAUGUUGCACAUAGAUGAAUUUUUAGAGAAUUUAUUUCAUCUGGCAUCUGAUGAAGAUCCAGAAGUUGGUAAAAAUGUUUGUCGUGCUGUAGUUUUAUUAUUGGAAGUUAGGAUGGAUAGGCUGAUUCCUCAUAUACACGAUAUAAUAGAAUUCAUGUUAAUGAGAACACAAGACCUUGACGAAGGAGUAGCUUUAGAAGCUUGUGAAUUCUGGCUUUCCUUAGCUGAUGAACCAAUUUGUAAAGAAGCUUUGGCUCCUCAUUUACCUAGUCUCAUUCCAACUUUAGUCAGAGGCAUGAAAUAUUCUGAACUUGAUAUAAUUCUUUUGAAGGGCAAUGUUGAACAAGAUGAGAUGAUUCCAGACCGUGAAGAAGAUAUAAGGCCCAGAUUCCAUAAAUCAAAAACUCAUAGCCAGAAACACAUGGAUGACAAUACAGAGAAUGAUACAGAAUCUGACGAUGGUUUAGAUGAUGAUUCCUCUUUAUCUGACUGGAAUUUGAGAAAAUGCUCUGCUGCUGCAUUAGAUGUCUUAGCUAGCGUAUUUCAUGAAGAACUUUUACCUGUUCUACUGCCAAUUUUGCGAGAAACCCUUUUUCACCAAGACUGGGAAAUUAAAGAAUCUGGGAUUUUGGCUUUAGGUGCAAUUGCAGAAGGUUGUAUGAAUGGUAUGAUCCCUCAUCUACCAGAGUUGAUACCAUAUUUGAUUUCCUGCUUAUCAGAUAAGAAAGCUCUGUCAGGUCUA